AGUGACGCUAAAAAUUAAGUGUAACAGGUAGUAGAAGCAGCCGUUCUGACUUCUGUCUCAUAGACUACUGUAUAACCUCUAAUAAGUUCGUUGGGGCUCAUUUAAUUGUUUGGCAGUCAUCAUAAAUAGCAAUUUUAUCAGUGAUUACGCCUUUCCCUGGCAUUUGGUUGUCCAUUUUGAUCACUUGUUAUGUUGUAUAUUUUUUUCUUAGAGGAAAGGGGAGGAGGGCGCAAUAGAGAAGCGGGGGAUGGAAACCCAAUUGUACACCAAGGCAACCCCGACGUUGUGAGAGAGUGAGGCGUUUUCAGACCUCUAAGGGGGGCUCCCUGUGGUUAAUUACUGGAACUCCCGCUAGCCAUGGAAACCGUGGGCUCAAAGUCACAAGACUCAAAACAUCCGAUAAAAACAAAACGCACGCAAUAGUUUCGCCGACAAUGUUACUGUGUUUUUUCGUUCUUGCUCUAUUCCAAGGUACAUUCUCGCUCAUUCACGUCCAACCAAACAUGAAGACAUUCUCCUACGCCAUCAAAGAUGGCCAGAUGGCACCAGGAAAAGAGAAAACCUUGUAUGAACACAGCACAGGACAACCGGGAGUGAUAACCGAGCAAUGGUUCACUGGACAAGAUGUUAUGAACGAAAAUGCUACUGUGCGAUACUAUUUUGACGGCGAAGUCAAACCUAGCUUAGAAUUCAAGCUUUUCGUUGCACAUGGUGUUGGAUUUAGUGAGAAAACAGAAAUGAAAAACCUUCCGUGGGCAACAAAGCGACUCGGGCACACGGCAAACGGUGGAAUCUAUAACACUAUUCCUAUCCCUUUUGGUAAAUCCUUUCGAGUUACCGCAGAAAAUAAUAACACUGGAAAUGGUUAUUAUUGGUUUAUAAUUCGUGGUGUUGAGAACUAUCCAGUCGUGCUGGGUGAUCUAGUGUUACCACCCAACGCAAGGCUAAGGUUGUAUAAGAACGAAGGUGUUACUCUGAAACCAUUCGAGUUUCUUCCAUUGGCUGAGAUCGAAGGCUCAGCCGGCGCGGUGUUCAUGGUAACUCUGGUUGGUAAUAGCAGUAAUUUAGCUUUCUUAGAGGGAUGUCUCCGCGCAUUCAUUGACGACCCACAGCGUAUAACCUGGCUUUCAUCAGGAACUGAGGAUUUUUUCCUUUCAGCAUACUAUUUUAAUGCUGGGUUAUUCCAGAGUGAUGACUCUGGGGUGACUUAUGUGAAUGACACAGGAUUUGUCAGUGCUUAUAAAUUUUUUGAGAAAGACCCUUUGUUAUUCACCAAGUCAUUUGAGCUGUGGUGGAGAUGCAGUGAUAAUGAUGUACGGUACGACCCACUGGGGUGCCCCCAGGGAUGGCCAGAGCGAUACUCUGACGUUAAAUAUAAAAGCAAUAGCAGUAUGUUCAAUGAUAAAGAAAUUCACAAAAAAGUAUUAGAAGGUUAUGAGAAUGGAAAGUACAGAGUUGGUAUAAGUGCAAAACCAACAACUGUGACAACAUACACUUGGAUAUAUGAGUGGUGAAAAUGAAUUCUUCUACUUGCAUACAUUUUUUUAUUUCACUUGAAGAUUAUAAAGCACUGUAAAACAGGGGGCUGGGCUUCUGAUUACUGAAUGUGAUAAGCUUAAGAUUUCAAUGAUCUCUUAACUUUUCUGUAUAUCAAUAUAUUUUUUUCUUAAAAUUGUUAGAUUUCAGAUACUUAUGGCUGCUUAAUCAGUGUACUUUUAUAUGAUAAAACUAAACCUGGCACUGUUCAUAGGUUCAUAAGUUGGCAUCUGAAGUGAUCACAAAGAAAGUUAAAAAUGAAGUCAACGAUUGCUUUAUUAUAGCAAAUUAAUUAUACCAAUGUAAACUUUCUUUUUUGCACCAUAUUUCCUCAAAAUUAGCCAAUUAUCAUCAACAUUGUUUGCACAUGUAUGUUUUUCCCUAAACAAUCAAUCAGGUUCAAUUUCUGUAAAUAUUUUUAGUUUUUCCUUCCUUUUUUGAUUUCCAGAAAAAACUCAAACUCCAUGUCGUUUCUACUUUAUUAUUGAUAAAUAUGGUAGUAAAUUACUUGGCCAGAUUAUUUUCAUUUAGGCUAAGUUCAAACGCUGUAUUAUCCAUGAGCCGUAUUCAAUGCAAAUAUGUGCAAAUGAAGAUGAAACAAUCAACUCGAUUCGUUUGCAUGCAUUUAAAUUGAAUAAUGCUCAUGGAUGAUACAAUGUUUGAACUUAGGCUGAGUAGAAACUAAGAUGAUUGUAUAUUAUCCAACUAUAUCUAUUUUCUUGUAAUAAUAAUUAUCAAUAACUGCCUAUGUAUAAAGAUUACUUAGGACAAUGUAAAUACAAACAUCAAGUGUAAAUUACAUUUUAUGAUAUAAUUCUAUUUGAAUAAAGCACCAUCACAAUUUA